AUGGCGCAUCGCGAGCAGCGCGACACCCCCGUCGGGGACUCUGUGCUGGCCAUUGUCGGCGCCUUCACCAAUGGGCUCGACGUCUUCAAGCGCCUGCGCGAGAGACGCCGCCGCCGCAAGUCCACCAAGAAGCCGCACCGCCCGACGCCUGCCCAGCUCGAGCCGUCCGGCGACGAGCUGCAGCUCAGCAACUCGCUCCGCCAGAAUCCCCUCGACAUCCAGCGCCACUACGAGUCCAACUAUGCUGCCGCGGGCGAGAAAUUCGCUCAAGGCGAUGCAAUUGCCCACGCAUCGCUCACCGAAGUCCUGCUCAAGCUGAACAGCGGCCUCGUCGCCAUCAUCGGCGCCUUUCUGACGCCAGGGAAAACCGACCAUCAUCCCGACUACAAGUCGCUCACUAGCCUGUCCGACACGUCGAGGGCCGAGGCCGUCGACGCCUUGGGCCAGCUCUACCAGCGUCUCUCUCAGUCGCAGCUCGUCCUGGACCGCAUCCGACACAAAUGCCCGAGCUGUGGCAGUCACCACCACCAUGAUUGUGCAGCAUCGACAAAUCUGAGACAGCGUGGUGGUUGCGCCAACGCCAAACGCCUACCCGGCGCCAAGCCCAAAACAAGGCGAUCCCAGACCGAGCUUGUCAUCGUCCGGAGGCCUCGCAACAGCGCCAAGUAUCCGCCCUUGAAGAACAGCUCCUCCACCGCCUUGUCUUCCAAGUCACAGCGGCAAAGCAACAAUACCUCGUCUGGCUCUUCGGCCUCGACACCUGUCAACUCGUCCUUCCCCGCCGACCUUCCUCCCCGACCUCAGCUUCCUCGUUCGCAAUCAACCUCUACCUGCAGGUCGGACCCUCCGCCGAGCUACAGCAAAGCCACUGCUACGUCCCAGCCCCCUUCGCGCGAGAUAUCUCUUACCAGGAAACCCGUCAAGCCUUCCGUCAAGCCUUCCGUCCAGCCUUCCGUCCAGCCUUCCGUCCAGCCUCCCGUCAAGCCUCCCGUCAAGCCCUCCGUCAAGCCGACUGUAGCCGUCCAAACGACUGCAAAACCCCAGACGCCUGCUAUCACGGCGGCCGCUCACCCCCUCCAACGCCCGGAGACUUGGCCGCAUGGACCUCGGCCCCUACGUGAAACCACCAAUCUCCCAAUCAUCCCACCUCAGCAGCAGCAUCACCAACCCGCUCCCCUCGCCAUCCCUCAACGUCAGCCUCACCAACCACCUCCCUUCAUCAUCCCGCCGCAACGCCAGACCCACCAAGCCGCCGCCGCUGCUGCUGCCGCCGCCGUUCUCCCACCCUUGCACCAACCAGCCCGCCCGCCCAAAUUCCCCGUCUCGACCGCCGCUCUCGCCGAGCUCCCCGGCAGCAGCAUCACACCGCCGCCCCCGCCUCCCCCGCCGCACCCAAACGUCCUCCACCGCCGCCAACCUCCGGCGCCGCCGCCAAAGAAACAGCACCUGCAGGCGCUCCCGCCGCGCCCACUCAACCCCACACACUCGCAGCAGCAGCAGCAGCAGCAACAGCCUCAACCCCACCCCCACCCCCGCACCACCGCCAACAACAACAGCCGCAACCCCUCCCCCUCAUCCUCCUCCGCCGCCGUCAACCUCCACCUCCACCCCUCCGCCCAGCUCUCCCGCCACGGCAUGCUCUCUGCCGCUGCCGCCAGCAACAACAACAACAACAACAACAACAACAACAACCCAUCGUUCGCCGCCUCGCCGUCGACCUACAGCUUCUCGUCCGACAGCACCAAGCUCGGCGAGAUUCCCAUGCGCAAGUGGACGGUCCCGUUCGACUUCGCGGCCAUGGAGCGCGCCAACGCCGAGGCGGCGGCCAUGGGCGGCAGGGGCGGCGGGCUGCCGGGCGUGGAUGGGAUGCCGGUCGUUGAGGGGGGGAGUGGGAGUAGGAGAAGAGGAGGGGGGUUGUUGAGGUUUUUGAGGAGGGGUGCGGAGUGA